AUGUCAAUCAGCUCCUGUUGCACCAAAGGUUUCAAGUGGGAUGGAGAACCCACUGGCCGAACUGAACAGCUUGCGGAUUUGGAUUGUUAUGUGACGGGCGAAAACACCAAGGCUGCAGUCCUCAUCAUUCACGAUCUUUUUGGUUGGACGUUGCCAAAUAUCCGUCUCUUGGCCGAUCACUACGCCAAAGAAGCCGACGUGACAGCCUACGUCCCCGAUUUUUUCCAGGGCGAUUCUCUCCCUCUUGAUCUUCUUACGGCAGAGAAAUGGGGUGAAAUGGAUAUGCCGGAGUUUCUCGCACGAAACUCGCGAGAAAUCCGUGAGCCACAUAUUUUCGCCUUCACAAGAGCUCUUCGUGAGAAGUACGAUAAGGUGGGCGCAAUUGGCUUCUGCUACGGCGGCUGGGCUGUGUUUCGACUCGGGGCUAGGGAGCAUGUCCCGCCGCUUGUGGACUGCGUAACAUCUGCGCACCCGUCUUUGCUGAAGGCGGAAGAUAUCGACGGAGUCAAUGUCCCAGUGCAGAUGCUUGCCCCCGAGUUUGACCCCGUGUACACGACGGAACUGAAGCUUCACACGUUUCAGAAACUGCAGGCUGCUGGGUUACCAUUUGACUACCAGCAUUUCCCUGGGCAUGCCCAUGGCUGUUUGGUAAGAGGAGGUAAGGAGAGAGAGGGCGAAAGAGCGGCUAUGGAAAGAGGAAAGAAUGCAGCUGUUGCGUGGAUGAGACUGUUCUUACAUGAUGAGUGA